AGCGAGCAACAAAUUCUUGCGGGAUAAACGGGUAAUGAGUUGGUAGGGGUGCGGAACGAUCGUUGCACCGCGGUCUCGCGCGAGGAAGGGUGCGACGUUUCGCCAGGGGCAAGAGAACGAUACUGGAAGAUCAUAUAAGUCGUGUGUUCGGCAUCGAGGCCAAGGGAUGCCUCUCAAGUUCGUCCAGUCUUCCGACGGCUCGCUUUCGCGACCCACGUGUGUCUGUCGAACUCUCGAUCGGUCCGAAUUCUCGAUCCGUCCUCCCGUUCCUUCUACUCGUUCCCGCGUCGCGAUCGAGAAACGGUGUCCUUCUUCUUCGGCUUUAUCUUCCACUUUUCUCUCGGUUCUUUCGGUUCUUCGUUUUCCGACCGCGAAACUUUCGCAGAGUGGUUCGAAAGAAAGGGAAGAGAGCGCGCGACGAUUCCUCCGCGUUUCGAGCGGAUCGUCGCCGACGCGAACCAGCGGUUUUUAUCAGCGGGUUACAAAGUGUUCCGCGUCUUCGACCGUUCGCGACCGACGCCGCUCGGCAUCGAGGUGGUGCGAGCACGAUUCGAGAAGCGAAGCGUCCGUUUAUCGAUAACGAUGACGGGCGUGUGAUCUUUUCAUCGUUGUUCGCGGACGGUCGACGUUCGAAACGCGCGUCUCGACGAUUAUCAGUUGCACGCGCGAUUGGAAACAACGCGAUAUCCCGGACAGUUCUCUCGAAUCGAAUUCUUAACGCGAGAGCGAGCCUCGUUCGGAACGGCCAUCGUUCCGAAAUUACGUCGUUUCGAGAUUCUUCGGGGAACCGAUCCGUUUCGAAAAUAGCUGGUACAUAUUUUAUGAACUGUUACGAACAGCGUUAAAAAAGAACGUUUGUCAGCGUCUCGUCGAAUCGAGAUAUUUCGAUUGUCGACGUCGCGUUCGCUCGUUACUCGAUCCCCGGAGAAAUUGGAAACAACGAUAGCUGGCACGCGCGUAGCCCGCGAUUUCGGAAAUCGGAACUGGCAAGUAUCUAGCGUUACUUUCGAACGUUUCGUCGCGCGAUUCGAGAGAGAUCGAAAUUUCGCGUUCUCUUCUUCGUUCUCGCGCGAGGCUACACCGCCGUUGGUUCGCACGGGCGAGACUCGCGAUCGACGUUGUUCGGCGACGGCCGAGAAUGGCCCGCGGAUAACCGCGGAUAACCGCGGAUAACCGCGGAUAAAAAGCGUCGGAGAUCGGAAGGUGUCCGGAUAAGCGAGCGGCGGCGAAAGAAAUGGGCCGAAAGGACGAGGAAACGAUCAGCGAGCCCGAGGAUUCGAUGGCCGGCCGGAUCUCGAACAGCGAAACGGAAACAGCAGCAGCAGCAGCAGCGGCAGCACCAUGCACGUAACGAAGACUCUCUCAUCGACGAGAGCGGAGCUGUUUCACGCGUGGCCCGAGAUCGUCCUCGGGUAGGACCCGUGGAACGGGUCUUGGUCGUUGCAAGGAGGAGCGCGCGUUCGACGGCGCGUUCGAUAACGGGUGCGGGAGCGGGAGCGAAAGCGAGAGCGAACGCGAAAGCGAGAAGCUUCGAAGAUGCCUCUGAUGCUGAAGAUGGUCGACGUGUUCGGCUCCCUGCGGUCCCUGUUCAAGGUGCCGAGGAUCGCCGAGGACGCGAUCGUGUUCCGGCUGCAUUACCGCGCCACCGUCGCGCUCCUUCUCGGCGGCUGUGUCACGUUGGCUUGCAAGAGCAUCUCCGGCUCGCCUAUUCACUGCGAGGCCGCCGGCUCCGUCGACAAGGUCGUCUUGGAGACGUUCUGCUGGCUUCACACCACCUACAGCAUGGUGCACGCGUUCAACAAGAGCAUCGGCCAGGCGGUCCCCUAUCCGGGCGUGUCGAACAGCAAGGGCGUCGGCCACCACGGCUACGCGUCCCAUCCGUUGGUCAAACAGCACAAGUAUUAUCAGUGGGUCAUCUUCUUUCUGCUGCUCCAAGCGAUCCUCUUUUACACGCCCCGAUGGCUCUGGAAAGGCUGGGAGGGUGGCAAGAUUCACGCCCUGAUGAUGGACCUCGACAUCGGCCUCUGUUCCGAGGUCGAGAAGAAGCAGAAGAAAAAGAUGUUGCUCGACUAUCUCUGGGAGAAUCUUCGCUUUCACAACUGGUGGGCUUACAGGUACUACCUCUGCGAGCUUCUCGCCCUGGUGAACGUGGUCGGUCAAAUGUUCCUGAUGAACCGCUUCUUCGACGGCGCCUUUUUGACGUUCGGCAUCGACGUGCUCCGGUUCUUGGAGUCGGAUCAGGAGGACCGGGUCGACCCGAUGAUCUACGUGUUCCCACGAAUGACCAAGUGUACCUUCUACAAAUACGGCGUGAGCGGCGAAGUGGAGCGACACGACGCCGUCUGCAUAUUGCCCUUGAACGUGGUCAACGAGAAGAUAUACGUCUUCCUUUGGUUUUGGUUCCUCUUUCUCGGCGUCCUUAGCUUCUUCACGGUCCUCUACAGGAUCGUGAUUAUAUUCUCGCCGCGGACGAGAGUGUACCUUCUGCGGCUGCGGUUCCGCCUGGUUCGACGAGAGGCCAUCGAGACCAUCGUCAGAAGGAGCAAAGUGGGCGACUGGUUCCUCCUGUACAUGCUCGGCGAGAAUUUGGACACGGUGAUAUACAGGGACGUGAUGCACGAGCUGGCGAACAAGCUCGCGUCCAGGCACCACCACAGCGUGCCGGGGAUCAAGGGAGAGCUUCAGGAGGCCUGAUCGAAAUUGCCUCGGAGAGCCGUGAAAACCGAGAGGAUUCCCGUGGCGAGGCCAGGAGGUGUCCCGACGGAGGCCGACGAAAUCGCGGUGGAACGCCGGCAACGGGGACGGGGACGGGGAUUCGACGAAACGAGUUCCGAAACGAGACGGAUCGCAUUUUAUUUAAUACUCGAAUCGUGUGUGUUUCCUUUUUUCUGGUUCGCCGCGCAUCGACGAAGGGACGUCGGCGAACGUUGAUCGUUAUCGUUGCUCGCGUAAAAGACAAAGCCCGACUUCGGCGGCUCUCGCCGAAUCGACGACAAUUUCUGUGGAGAGAAAUCGAAACGAGCGGGGACCGUUCGGCGAGCCGAGAAAAUGGCCGCGGACAGCCGUUCGAUUCGGCAUUUUCUCGCGGGGCGCGGGUUACGCCGGCAGGGCGCGAGCACCCCGCGCUCGCCGCGACGAGAACGAGAACCGAUCUCCAUCUUCUUCCGCAAAGACUGUGCCAAAGUGCCGACGCGAACGAACCCGCGCGUGCAACUUUUACCGGACUAUCGAAAUAAAUGUAUUUUUAUUUAAAAGAUAAAUUUAAUAAAUACGUGCUUCUAUAUUGUAGGA